AGCUCUCAUUUCCCUUAGCCCUCGGAGGAAAGACAGUUAGUACAUAAUGCUACAAGAAACUUGUGAGACAGAAUCGGUCUCUGAGGCUCAGCAAUGAACACAAAUAUAUGGCUUCUCUGAAGAAGUGAAACAAAAAGCAGUGGGCACCGAGAACAAAAGGAAGAUCAGUGUGUCCAGUUCUGUGACAAUAAUACAGAAGCUGUAAAACUCAAGAGACAAAUUAAAAUCAGCACUAAAACAAGGAUAUUGGAUAUACAGUUUAGAUGCUCUUUUAUGAAGUUAUUGCUAGGGGGGAAAAAAAAACUGCUUUCGUUUUGGAGCCACUGACACAAAUGAACAAGGAAAAUCCAAUGAAGUGGAACAAUGUACUUUGAAAAAGAAAUCAAAGGAGCCUUAAACAUAAAUCAAAAGUAUGUGGCCAGUCUCUCCAGUUGAGAAAGGCAAGCAGGAGUUGCACCAAGUAAGCACAAGCUUGUUGAUAUCUGCAGACUGUCACUGACUGGACUAAUUGAUCCUCGGCUGGUAAGUGGUCCUUUUUGUGCAUUUAUUUUUCAUGGACACAAAAAAAAAAAAAAGGGAGAAAGUGACAAUAUUUGGAAAACUACACUGUGGCUGAGUGGAAAACAUGGGAGACAGUGGUACCAAUAACUCUUGCCACCAAGAUGACAGUUUUAAGUAUAUACUGUAUGGCUGGGUGUUCAGUAUGGUGUUUAUUCUGGGACUAAUAUCCAAUAUGGUGGCAAUGUAUAUAUUCUCCUGUUCACUAAAAACGUGGAAUGAGACUACAACAUACAUGAUGAACUUAGUCAUAUCUGACCUCCUUUUUGUUCUGACUCUGCCUUUUCGGAUCUUCUAUUUUGUCACACGGGACUGGCCCUUUGGAGAUAUUGCCUGUAAGUUGUCGGUUUCUCUCUUCUACACGAAUAUGUAUGGGAGCAUGCUCUUCUUAACCUGCAUCAGUGUGGACCGUUUUUUGGCCAUUGUGCAUCCGUUCAACUCUCGCAUGUGGCGCAAUAGGCGCAGUGCCAAAAUAAUUUGCUUUGCUGUCUGGAUAAUGGUACUUGCUGGAAGCAUCCCAGCAGGAUUUCUACUGGAACCCAGGUAUAAAAAUGAGUCAAGUGUGUCGAAGCUGUGCUUUGAAAACUUCUCACAAAAUGUCUGGAAAGACUACUUAUCUAAAAUAGUGAUUUUCAUAGAGACAGUGGGAUUUUUUAUCCCCCUCAUCCUCAAUGUAAGCUGCUCCACAAUGGUCCUUCAAACUCUCCGCAGACCGAGGACUCUGAAUCGGAGCAAGAUGAACAAAAGAAAGAUUCUGCGCAUGAUUAUGGUUCACCUCUUCAUUUUCUGUUUCUGCUUUGUACCUUAUAACAUAAACCUGGUAUUUUAUGCCCUUGUCAGAACACAGAAGCUCAAAGGCUGCUCAGUAGUGGCAGUUGUAAAGACCAUGUAUCCUGUGACUCUCUGUAUUGCUGUAACUAACUGCUGCUUUGACCCCAUCGUUUACUAUUUUACAUCAGAGACGAUUCAAAACUCAAUUAAGCGUAAGUCAACAACUUGCAAAUCCAUAGACACAAGAUUUUCAGAGGCCCUACCACCAGAGAGCUCUCUUCAGCAAAGUCUCCGGAGCCUCAAGGCAAAAGUGUUUCAGACACAAUCAACUGUUAAGACAAGUGCUGCUGUUCUGUUGGAAAGCUGCAAAGAAAAGGAAUUUUCAAACCAACAGGAUUAAAACCAGAAACAUUUUCUUAGGGGGUUGAGAAACAAAAAAAAGUAAGAAAAGCUAGAAGCAAAAUGAACAAGGGCAGGGCUUCACUCAAGGAGUGGCCACACUCUUCACAAACAGACCUCAUCUUGUAACGCCUGUAACUGAAAAUCUCAACUAAAUGGAACGAUUUCACAUUAACGUUUUCUACUAUUUAUUCCAGGAAACAUCUUAACCAUUCCAAUGCUUUAAAAUAAGUAACAUUGCACUUUUUGUUCCGACUCUGGGCUUCCAACAAUAAAUCCAGGAUUUGCUAACGUGAGGUAUAUAAUGGAGUUAUACAAAUACUCUGUGAAAUGUAAUUUCCUUUUGCUACAAAGGAUCUUGCAAGUAAUAAAAAGUCCAGGUGUGUUGUAAAUCAAAAACUCUGCAGAUUAUUAGCUUCACUUUAUUACGCUUCAGGACUCUUGCUGCUUAAACAAUUUGAUCAGUGUGGUAAGUAAAUAUGUGUAUCUUACACAACACUGUUAUAUAAUGAUACAAGUGUUUUCCCAUAUUCUCACAACCAUAGAACUGAUAUGUACAUAAAUAUGUACUUUUUUUGCACUAGACCUACUUCAGUGUUUAAGCAGAUUUAAAUGUAUUAUUUUUUUGUACACUAUGUGUAUAAAACAAUUUGUAUGUAAUAUUGAGAAAAUAAAUGCAUGUUGAGUAUCUCAACCUUUUAUGUAUCUAAAUAAAACUGUAAUCUUAUAAAA